UUCCGUUCAUCCUCGCUUUUUCUGCUAACGCUCCCUUAGCCUCUUUUUGUCGAUGGCAUGGUGCUGCUAGCUUCGGCUCAAACGGCGUCUUCACGGGAAAACACGCGCAUUUAACGUGAAUCCGGACAUGUAACGGGGGAACCACCGACUUAACGCGGAUUUCUGAAGUGCGCGGCCCGCCAUCACGUCUUUUUUUACAAGCCAGUGCCUCGCGUUUUUGAGGUUGCCAUUUCUGCCCCAAGGUUAGCUAGCUAGCGGGCUAACGAUAGCCGAUUAACGCAACAAAAAAAAGAAAAAGCUAACGUCUUUCUCUGUAGCUCGUUGGCCCGGUACGACGACUCGAACUCGCAGAAGUCACCAGAACCCGACCGAGUUUGAGGAUUAGCAUGGCCGAAGCCGACAAGUUGAACAUCGACUCCAUUAUACAGCGUCUGCUGGAAGUGAAAGGCUCCAGACCUGGCAAAAAUGUUCAACUGACAGAGAAUGAAAUCCGUGGUCUCUGCCUCAAAUCCCGGGAGAUCUUCCUCAGCCAGCCAAUCCUGCUCGAACUCGAGGCGCCACUCAAGAUUUGUGGUGAUGUCCACGGGCAGUACUAUGAUCUCCUGAGGCUGUUUGAAUAUGGGGGCUUUCCACCAGAGAGCAACUACCUGUUCCUGGGGGACUACGUAGACCGAGGCAAACAGUCGCUGGAGACCAUCUGCCUGUUGCUGGCCUACAAGAUCAAAUACCCAGAAAACUUCUUUCUGCUGAGGGGAAACCACGAGUGCGCCUCCAUUAACAGAAUAUAUGGCUUCUAUGAUGAGUGUAAGAGGCGGUACAACAUAAAGCUGUGGAAGACCUUCACCGACUGCUUCAACUGUUUGCCUGUUGCCGCUAUUGUUGACGAGAAGAUCUUCUGUUGCCAUGGAGGCCUGUCACCAGACCUCCAGUCUAUGGAGCAGGUGCGACGGGUCAUGCGUCCCACUGAUGUGCCUGACCAGGGCCUCCUCUGCGACCUGCUGUGGGCCGACCCGGACAAGGACGUGCUGGGCUGGGGCGAGAACGACCGCGGAGUCUCCUUCACGUUCGGCGCCGACGUCGUCACAAAGUUCCUCCACAAACACGACAUGGACCUUAUUUGUCGGGCCCAUCAGGUGGUCGAGGACGGAUAUGAGUUUUUUGCAAAGAGGCAGCUGGUGACGCUGUUCUCUGCUCCUAACUACUGCGGAGAGUUCGACAACGCCGGAGCCAUGAUGAGCGUAGACGAGACCCUCAUGUGCUCAUUCCAGAUUCUCAAACCUGCAGACAAGAAGCUCUUCUACGGUGGUGGAGGUGGAAUGGGCUCUGGCCGCCCAGUCACUCCCCCAAGGAAAGCUAAGAAAUGACCCGAGUAGUUUGCCCUCGACCUGCGACCCUUCCCUCCUGCCCUCUCUACCUCUCUUCUCCUUUCUUUUCACCAAACAGCCAGAAAUCAAACCUAUACCCAGGGCUUUUUUCCUUUUUUAUCUGUACUUCUUAAAACAUUUAAUGUUAUGAAUUGUCUGAAUGAGUGCGUGCGCAGGCGACCAACGCGUCCUCUGCCGGUGAACAUUAAAAUCAUGUGUGCACGUGUACAUUUUGUGUGAGAGUAUUAGAGAUUUAUACUUUCCCCUCUCUCUUACCACUCUUCCCGUGGAAAGGUUGAACCACAGUGUCUGUCUGUACAGUAAUUUUGACUGAAGCAAGCAGGGUUUGGGAGACAGUGGGAAAAUCGCUGGACAUGAAUUUUAGCAGCAAACCCUGCCAGUAGGUGGCGUGUGUGUGUACUUGUGGAGGGGGGGGAGUAUUUUGGUUUUUUUCCCUGUCCUCUGUACUGUAAAAUCUCAAAACACAGGUAUGUGCAUGUGAGUGUGUGCGUGCAUGCUGAGUCUUGUCUCGGCCCGAGCGCGGCGUCUCUGUAUCCUCGAACAGGAAAGAGCGCUUCACCUUUUCUCAGGCGAGCAGGCGCACGAUUAUUCACUCGUGCACGCACACACACACACCACACAUGCAUAUGACUCUCCAGAUUCAUAUGAGCCAGAGCUGUAAAAACCCCAUACAGUUUAGGUUUGUACAGAUUUGAUUACUUGAAAGAGAUUUUUUGUGAAUUCGUUUUGUAGUCUUUCAUCAAGUUGACCAAUAAAGCGAGAAUCUGAGCUACAA